ACUCAUGUCGCUAUCCCCUCAUCCUCUUCCUUCCCCACACACAACCCGCGUCCGAAUCAUUCCUCUCCAUCCCAGGCGGUUCUCCGGCGAUGGCUGGCCCUGUUGCCAGCGGUGGAGGCAGCUGAGCUGGGUCCAACAGCCGGUAGCCUUGGAGGGGUCACCGCGGUGUGCGGCGGCUGCGCGUAAUGGCCGGCGGCGUUCCCAUUCGUCGCCAUGCGAGGAGAGGAGGAGCUCAUGCACUGCAUCUGCGGCGCCGGCGGUGAUCCCCAUCGUCACCGUUGCGAGAGGAGCCCCCUUAGGCUCCGGCGGCGAUCCCCUUGGUCGCCGUGCGAGAGGAGUCUCCUUCGGCUCCGGCGGCGAUCCAACAAGCGACAACCAUGGCGGGGUUGCAGGUGCGCGCGGCGCUGCUCGCGACGGCCGGCUACACCGCGGAUUUCGUCCUGGAGCUCCAUCUCCACCGUUUUUGCCUCGCACAAGCAUGACGCGCCGGGACUGUCGUGGUUUCGUGCAUCGACAGUUGACUGCAGUCAAUGGGCCAGUGCCCUCCACCGGAGGAGCUGAUAGUGCUCGCGUAGGCGGCGUGCUAGAGGAGGAGCUGCUGCUCGGACAUGAUCUUGAGAGGUUGGCGGCUUCGUCUUCUGAUUCCCACACAGUCGAGCGAACAGAAGCUGCGGCUGCUCCUGUGUAGGUAUACAUCACAGGGGGCGGCGGGCGCGAUGCUUGGCUAGGUCCAGUCGAUGGCAGGCAACGAGCUCGGAGGGCCGCGCGUGGAAGGCUGCACGAAGCUCGGGUGCGAGCUCAAGGGAGACGAGCUGCACGAGGCUCGGGUGUGUGAGGCGCUGCUCCUCUGGAUCAGGACCGCGCAGCGUCAGGAAAUAGGUUUUGAAGGUGAAAUGCUUCCCUCUAAAUGCUUCCGAACCAUCCUGUACGUGAAUGCCUACAAUUACCAACCACACAUGCAUGAAUGCCUGAAAUUAUCAGCAUACAAUUUUUUUGUCUCUAAGAAUCAUGUCAAUGAUUUCACAACAUUUUACAGUCUAUGUAUUUUACAAAUUAAUUCAAGCGGUGGCAUUGGUUACA